GAGGGUUUGGAAAUCUCCGAGCAACAGCGUCAAACAGUAUGGCCGAAAUGAUAUGAAACACUUUUUCACUGGAAGUUUAAAAAUAUUGUGAUAGCCAUAUGCUAUAGAAAGCAUUUCCAUCAUGGAGGGUGAUGUUUCAGGGGUUAGGAUAUCCCCACCUGUUGUCGAAUUUUACGACACAGAACCAAAUAAUGUGCAUCAAUUAAAUGUUACGGUGUCAAAUAUUAGCAAAACAAGCAAGAGCAUUCGAUUCUAUGGACCCAAAACAAAGUAUUUUCAACUACGAGUGAAAAAUCCCAACAAGCCAAUUGCACCAGGUUUAUGUGUACCAGCUGUAGUUGAAUUUGAAACAAUUGAACCAAAAGAAAUCAAAGACAGGCUUGUAGUCACCAUUGAUGGGGAUGUCAUCGAAAUCCCUCUGAUAGCUUAUCCAUGCCAGCCUGUGUUAGAGAUAGAGGAGGAGAUAUAUUUUGGAAAUUUAGUGGCCAACAGUAAGACCAUAUCAAAGGAAAUAUCCCUUUUCAACCAUGGUUCCAAAUCAGGAGAAUUCAAACUGAAAUAUUCUGGUGAUAAACCCAUUGCCAUUAUGCCAAGCAGUGGAUCUGUACCACCCAAAAGUGUACAGUUAAUCAAGGUUGAGUAUGUAACAAAGGAAGCGGGAAAAAUUGAUGAAGUAAUCAAAGUAAAACUAGAAGGACAAGACACUAAAUCAUUACAUGUCCGAGGAGUUCUGGUGGACAGGGCAAUAGAGGUUCUCUCCCUUGAGACAGAGGAACAACUGGGCUGUGUUCAGUUUGGAGAGGCGUACUAUGGCUCCGAUAAGACAGAAUGCGCGAUUUUGUUUAACAACGGCCCAGAGCCUGUCAACUUUGUUGCAGUAUUAGAUGAGGACGCUAUUGCACAAGAAAUGGGUGUGGAUUUGACUCGAAGCACUGAUGUUGCCCUCGCUGACGAGAUGACGGGGGGAGAGCGGGCCCAGGGCAGCACCAACGUCAUCACCUCCCUUAUCACUGCCAUUCCAAACCAAGGGGUCCUCAAGCCUUUUGAGAAAAUCCCCGUAUUCUUCAGAUUCAGUCCAAGGUGGAAUGCUUCAAAGGAAGGAUGGAAAAGCCAAGUGGCUCCUCCUCCAAGGAAGGACUUUGCCUUGUUCAUGAGGAUACAGAUCAUAGGAUCAAGCAACUUGUCUGAUAGCAAGAGAUCGGGAUCUAUGAACACCAAAGAUGGGUCAAUGGUAGAAGUAGCCAUGACAGGAACAGCCCUACCUGUCCUUUUGUCCAUCUCUCCAUCUUACAAGUUUAACUUUGGAGAGUGUCCCGUGGGGGAACAUGCAGAUGUGUUGUGUACAAUCAAAAAUGAGUCGAAUGUUUUGCCAGCCAUCUUUCAAUUCCGAAAGAUAGCCCAUUUUCUUACUCAUCCCCCCAAUGGAAAAAUUCCACCAGGGCAGAGCCAGGAUGUUAUUUUCUCGUUUUCACCAAAUCAGAUAGGCACAUUUAAACCCAAGCAACUCUUGGAUGUGAUUGGUCAUGUAGCGGACAAUCAGAAUCCAACCAUUUCACACCUACAGGUCAUCCACACUUAUCCGAUUCUGUUUUGUGGAUCCAGCGACCCAAUACCUGUGGAUAGGAAGGCCAGGUUUAAUCCAGGUCUCACUCCCUAUAUCUCCAAUGAGGUUGGAAUGUUUGCGGAAACCAAAAUGUCUAAACUAAACGGCAGCCCGAGAAACGCAGUGGCCGGGGGUCACAAGACUCAGAUGCAUAGGGUGGGUUACUAUGAGGAGGACCCUGAGGCCAAAGUGGCUUUUCCGAACGAUCGGGCACAGAGCAUCCGGCCAGAGCAUGACAAAUACAAGACGAUUUUCACAAAGAGUGACAGACACGUGUACCGGGAUCCCGACUACAUGUUGACGGAGGAGGAGGGUCAGAUCAAACACUCGCACCGUGACAGCUACGUCAUGAUGCUGAGGGAGAUGAGGCAGAAACGGAUGAACCGUAUCAAGUCCAGGGAAUUCAAAGUCACCAACAACAGUGUGGAUAUUGGGAUCAAAUCUGCUGCCGGUUUAAGACCCAAAAUGCUUAAACAGCAGGAAAUUCAACCUGAUCCAGAGACUCCCCGUCCUCCCAAUGCUGAUUUCAGACUGCUCAGUUCCAAAGAACUCAGUGAAGCUGAGAAGGAAACUAGUGCCAAACCGGUAUGUGAGGGGCUGAAUGCUCUUCCCACAACCAAGGUAGAGAAGGCAGACUGCUCAAAAUGGCUGUCUCCACAGCAGCUCCACCAAGUGGUAAUAGGGCCCGCAACUCUGGACUUUGAUAAAGUGUGUCUCCGAUCAGUGGUCACCAGAAACCUCAGCAUUAUCAAUAACUUGGAUCAGUACAUCCACAUUGUGGCAGAGAUUGAUUGUCGUGAAUUGCGUCAGAGCAGUCCCCUUUCACAAGUGGUACCUCCCAAGUCCAAGGCCAAUCUACCCAUUGUGUUUGAAUCCAAUGUCAAAGGCAAUUUUCAAAGGUCUGUAUCGUAUACAGUAAAUGGAUUUUACAAACAUCAUGUUACCGUGGUAGCAGAGGUCGUUGCCGUGUCAUUGGAACUUUCCACAGAAGAACUGGUUCUCUACCCCUCCUAUGGCAUGCCUGCGGAAGCUGGCCUGAGAGGAGUGAUCACGUUGAAGAACACCCUGAACUACCCUGCAGAGUUCACCUGGGCUCCGAACCUGGGAGAAAAAGGGACAGCUUUCUCCAUCAGACCUGCCACUGGGACAGUGGACGCCUACAAGGAUUUGGACUGUGAGGUGGUGUGGCACCCCUCCUACCUGGCCCCCGAGGAUGGGUCCUUCUCCCUGAUGAUCCACGGGGGACCCACCCUCCAGCUUCAAUGCCGGGCAGAGCUGGGAAACACGAGUGUUCAGUUUGUGGAGAGGAGAGUGAUGUUUGGUCAGACACCAAUCAACAUCACCACCACCAGGACAGCUCUACUGGCCAACACAGGACAGACACACGCCUACUUCCAGGUUCUGGACCCUAACCCCUUCCCUGGACUGGCAGUGAGCCCCAUCCAUGGGGUGGUGCCUGUGGGAGGACAUGCAGAACUGAAGGUCCAGUUGACCCCCAGUGCUAUUCUGAAGUUUGACACCAAGAUACAGGUGGCCAUUAAAGGAGGCAAAACUCUGGAGCUAAGAAUGGGUGGCAAUGUGGAACCACCUACUGUGGAUAUUGAUGUGGCUACAUUUGAUUUCAAUGGUGUGUACUGUGGAUCUGGGUCCACCAUCACCUUCAAACUGAGAAAUCAGGCUGUGACAAAGAGUAAGCUUGAGUUUGAUCUGACGAGAUUCCGGGACUUCACUCUCAAUUUUCCCGGCUACCAGACACAGGACGACUACAGCUACCAGCUGCUGAACCCUGGGAUGUUUACCGUUACCAUGGCACCAGAGGAAACUAUUGAGGGCGAGCUGAUCUUUAUGCCUACAGAGGUGGCAGCCUAUGACUUUGUGAUGCCAGUCAUCAUCAAUCAGAUCGGUGCCCCCUCCCCGGCCCCCACCCCCUUCCCCCCGACUCCAGCCCCCUCCAAUAAGAACAGUCUGCAACAUAUCAUUAAUCCCCGCCCACAACCCCCACAAGUUGCCACCCCACGCAAGCAUGUGAUCGCCACGGCACUGAGACAACCUCUCCAGCUGUCGAACAAUAAAAUUGAGUUUUCUCUUCCGUCGACAUUUGAAGAUCCUACUGCAUCAACAGGCAUGGGCGUUACUAAGUUUAAAAUGAUUGAGGGUACAAUUUUGGUCAACAACAGUGACAAACCCUUAAAAUGGAUGUUUAAUCUGUCAGAGAAAUGUGAGGCCCUAGAUGAGGGGAUCUUUAAGUUUACACACCCCUCUGGGGUCCCCUUUGUAGUGAUGAGUGGAGAGGAAAGCAAAGGAAUUGAAGGAACCCUGGAACCUGGGAAAACCCAGCAGAUCUCUGUAAUCUUCUGUCCAAAAAAACCAGGAAAACACGAGUGUGUGAUCCCGAUCUACAUCAAUGAUGACACUCAGAAGCCCUACCAGUACCUGCAGGUGGUCGGAGAAAUGAAGUCGCCCCGGAUCUGGUUUGACCCCCUCGCCAUAGUGAUGACCCCUGUUCCUCUUCUGACAGAAGUCUGCACAGAGUUUACUGUCCUGGCUUCUCAGUACACUAAGGCCUCCAACAUCACGGUGGAAGUUCCUGAGGUGGAGAGUGAGGACGGGAGCAUCAUCACCCCCCUCACUGUCAGCUGGCCCGAGGGAUCAAGUGUGAUCAAGCCGUGUAAUGGAGAUGACGGACAGAUUGAGCCAUGCGCUUUGUCCUGUAGGAUUGUCUUCUCCAGCCCCAAACCUGUCUCCUUCUGCCAGCCUGUCAAUUUCAUUGACGACAGUGGUACAAUCUUUAAGCUGAUGGUGACAGCAACGGCUGACAAUUGUCUGUUGACCUGUUACCCAUUCCUAGCUCUCCAUAGAACCGACUACCAAAUUGUGUGUGAACAGGGUGCAUCCCCAAAAGGCAGAAAAGUCGUAAUGGCCAAAGACAACCAGAAUGGUGGGGAGGCCGUUUUUAUUCCCUGUGCCUCGCCCCAGCACACUAGCCGACCUUCAACCAGUGCAACAAGUUCAAACUUUCAGAUAUCGUCCUCUAGCUAUGAGUCUUCUGCGAGUGUAACAGAUUCAACAGAUGAGAGCACUCCACUGAACCGUGAAGGAGCCAUGAAUAAGCCUCCAUCUGGAUCAGAACACAAUGUCAGUCGAGGUCAAAUGGACCUAGCCUCAAGGUCACUGGGAUCAGCCAUGUUCCCUGAUGAGGACACAGAGGAGGGGAUAUUUCACAUGGAGGUUCUGUUGGCAGUCCAGCGGUGGUUCUCCUCUCAGGGAUGGCCUGGGGGACAAUUCCCCAUCAUCAUACCCCACUCUCUGCGCUGUGGUAUAAGCAGGAAACCGAUCAAUGACGACUCCCCAAAGGCCGCCAAGGCCGGGAGCUGGGACACCAACAACCUGAAGAAGGAGUUCAAGACCAUCUAUGACAUGAUCAGUAACCUGAGUGGCCGCCCCGUCCCUGGGAUCCCCAUCAACUCGCCCCUCCCCUCGGACCCCAUAGAGAGGGUCAAGCAGAUCUACUGGCAACACGCUACACUUCUGACCUUUUUGAGAUGCCAGGGAGCUUGUGUAGCCUCCGUCAAGCCCGAGUACCUCCUGGAGCCACGGGAUUACCACCUCUGGAAACAGAUGCAGAAGCAACUGAAGCUAGAACUGGCAAAACAAGGGGAAGAAAAUCAGGCCAACAAGAUGGAGGAAGAAGAAGAGCUCGAGGAGGACGUGUUUGAGGCGGUGUCUAAACGCUCCUGGACCGACGUCCUAUUACAGCUCCUCAAGACCCUUAUUUUAGCCAAGGUGACCCCCCGCUCCCUGAAGAACACCCCCUCACCGGACAAGAACAUUGACCUGCCCAGCAUUAACCAGGACCCCCUGAGCUCCAACAUCUACAGUGUGGGAGAGAGGAUCAUCCUCUCCUGGCUCAACCAUCACUACGAGACUUACAGGGAAAGAAUCUGGACAGGAUGUUCAAAAGGUGGUGUACCUCCCUCCAGGUGGAUCGUCAACUACGACUUUGAUCUGUUGGAUGGCCUGGUCAUUGGAGCUGUGUUAGGGGCACAUAUGCCAUUCCUGAUAAAGACCCACCUUCAGGAUAUGUACACUCACCCCUCUACUGCUGAACAAUGUCUCCACAACGCCCUCAAAAUCGUCAACGCCAUGAGAUACGUAGGCGUCGACUAUGAUAUUCAGGCCAUAGACAUCACAGAUCCGAACCCCAUCGCUCUGCUGAUGCUGUGUGUUCACCUCUAUCAGAAGAUCCCACAGUUCCUGCCAAAAGCAACAGUCGAGUUUUCUGGUCGCCUCCACACCACAGUCUGUAGACAGGUUAAACUUAGUAACCCAAGCGGCAAACCUUUACAAUACCAAGUUCUGGUGGCGGGCCACGAUGCCAGGGAUUUCUGUGUCCCCAAGGGUGACCAGGUGACUAUACCCCCCAAGUCUACCCUCCACCUGAACGUGGAGUUCACGAGCCGCUUCCUAAGGCCCGCUGAGGCCAUUCUCGUGCUCGUCGGUAGAAGGCAUGGAUCUGCAGUUGGUUCAACUUUGACCUUUAACCUUCGAACUCAGAUUGACAACAUCACUCCAAAGCAUUUACAUAAGUCUCAGCAUGUCAUCAAAACAGAGUCUCCUUGCUAUGAAUUGGAGAGGAUUCCCCUGAAGAUCACGAACCCGUUUGAUGAGGGUGGGGAGUUCCGUGUAGUGUUAGUAGAGGCCAGUGCAGACCUUCUGGAUCCGAACAAGCCUGCCAACCUGAUGAAACCGAAGGAGAAGAGGCGCAGAAAGAUUAGGGCCAGGGUGGACCAUGGAAUCAAGCGGCCAGAAACACCGCCAACUCCCCCACCACCGAGACAAGAGGACUCCUUCUUUAAGAAAGAUGAACCUCCAUUAAUGAGUGCGUUCUACAGCCCAGUAGCAAGUCUGUAUUUGGAAGCGCAUGACUCAGCUAACAUAGAAAUUCAUUUUCUGCCCUUCAACAUUGGAGAACGCCAGUGCUCCAUCAUCUUCCUAAAUGAGACAAUUGGAGAGUUUCUGUACUCCAUUGAGGCCACCGCCACUCUACCACUACCGUCAGAAGUACCAUUUGUCCGCACACCACAUAGUGUCCGCAUCACUAGUGCCGCUGCCGCAGGUACUGGGCGUGGCCUGUUUGGAGGAGAUGACAGGGUGGUUUACUGGAAGUGUGAGUCAGGGCAGACCCUGAAGGAGAGCAUCCAUGUACCAAUCACAAACAAGGCCAAAGAGCGAGCCCUGCUCAUGGCUGCUCAGCAGCGCAUGUCAGAUAAAGAGCUACACCGUCGACUGGUUACCGGAACCAUCAACACUUGUAGCGUGACGGCCAAAACUGUCACCAUGCUCUCCACCAACGCUCAGAAGAGUAUCACUCAGGCCAAGACCAAAUCCCCUCAAGGUUAUACCUACAAGGUGAAAUGGGACUCUGAGUUUUACAAGCUUCCCGAAAAGAUUGUUGUUCCUCCCCCUCUACAGAGGUCUAGCAGUGCCCCAGUCUCCAACAACGGUAAAGAUUCCUGUGUUGAGUUGCCUAUACAAUUCACAGCCAAGGAUCCAGGGCACUACCCCUGUCAGAUAGAGUUAUGUGCCCCUGAUGACGUGCGUGUUUACAAGGUGGAGUGCACGGUUAAUCCAGAGGGCAGCACUGCAGAGCUGGAAUUUAAGGCUCCUGUCCAUCAGUCGGUCACACAGGAAAUUCCCAUUGCCAACAUGACCAACCAUGACUGGCCACUAAGAGCUGCCAUUCAGGGCCCUGGCUUCUUUGGACCUCCUAUGGUUCUGGCCAAGGCAUACAACACCACUAAGUAUCCGCUGGUGUUCAAGCCCCAGAAUGAGACCAUUGUCCAGGGAAAACUGGUUCUCUCCAACACAGAGGAUGGGACGGACCAUGUAUUCCACCUGUGUGGUAAACCCCAGAAACCUUUAGCUCUGGACCAUGUGGUCAUUAGGUGUGAGGCCAAAAAGGGAGUCCAACACAUUCUGUCUGUUCCUAAUGUGACAAAGAAGAAGCUAUGUUACAAGGUGGAAUCUGACUUCUCCUUUGUGAGUGGUAACAAUUCCCUGACCGUUUUACCAGGACAGACCGGGACCUAUGGCAUGGACAUCACCCCCAGCAGGAGGGGUGUGUACAAAGGACUCAUUGCAUUCAUCGCCAGCAAGAACCCUGUCGUUGAGGUUGACAGUGAUGGUGAUGAAAUCCCCGAUGAGGAGGAUGAGGAGAGCAGAAAGUACUAUGGUUACAGGGUGUGGUACUCCCUGGAGAUCCACGUCAAGCCCAGUCCACCUGAGAGGAUCAUGGCUGUCGAGUGCUGUUGCCAGAAGAAGGCAGUGCUGGAAGUCAUUGUGAGAAACCCGACCCCUGAGGAUAUCACGCUGGAGGUCACCAUUGAGGGGCGUGACCUUAAGGGCAAGGAUUCCAUUACACUGAAGGCUGGGGAGAAAGAUGUGUACACUCUGACAUAUGCCCCUGCAGUUGUAGGAAAACACAGAGGAAGUUUGAUAUUUUACCAUAAGAGUGUUGGAGAGUUUUGGUAUGAUCUCCGACUGAAGGCAGACCCUCCACCCCCCACCACUCUGCCUCACAUGGAGUGUGACCUCGGAAGAUGGACAAAGCAGAUAAUAGUACUUAGCAACCCUACUGAUGAAUUACUCGAACUGACACCAACUAUUUCCAACUCCAAUAACUUCUCCCUGGAGCGAGAUAAUGAGCGGCCCCUUGUGCUUAGGCCUCAUUCUGAGAUUGAGGUUCCCAUACAUUUUAUGCCCUCUACAUUAGGUCAAGGUGACCAUUUGGCCAAGGUCAUCUUCCACAGUGAACAGCUUGGGGAGUGGGUGUUUGUGGCCUCAGGGACAGGUUUGUUACCCCAGCCCCAGGAACCAGUCAGUGUGUACACAGAGGCGGGCUCCAACACCACCAUGAUCAUCCCCUUCCGAAACCCCAUGGACCAUGCCGUCUUAGUGGACGUCUCCUUGAAAGACACUAGUAUCGCCAUGGAGCAGAUACUAAACAGUUACCCAACUCCUGAUGCAGCCUUCUGCCUCCUACUGAAACAGAACAGCACUAUCAGGGUGGGUCCCAAGUCCACCCUGGAUAUCCCUGUCUGCUUCGCUCCCACAGAGAUGACAAAGUAUGAGGCUCUGUGCUCAGUCAUUGUGAGAAAGGAAGAUGGCAGCAGAUGGCAGUAUGCUCCAAAAGACAGCGAGGGAUACCAGUUGUCAGUCACAGGAAAUGAAGGAAUAAAGGAAAUAAGAUGGCUGUAUCCAAUCCAGGGAAUUCCAGAGUCCAAGCCCAUCAAGGAUUCGCUGGGGGCUGUGGUGGAAUGUAAAGCCCGUGACAGACUGGAAGAGAGGCUAGAGGUCACCUUGUCUGGAGUGGCCCCCUCAUCCUCUGGACCCCACAAGUCUGUCCUGACCCGCUCCAUUACCCCCAAAGGAAGCAGUACCAACAUCUCCGACGGAAUCGUUGUGGGAGAAACACUAGCUACAGCCAAUGAGUUUGAGUAUGAGUUGAACUUCGGUGAUCGGGAUUCCCAGGAAAACCUCCAGAACUCGGUGGCCCUGACGCUUGUACGAGCGCGCAGAGAAGAGGUGUCUGGACUAGUAGUGCUGGUCUUUAAUGUGGUGUUUGCUCCUUUCAAAGCAAUGAGUCAUAAUGUGGAAUUGGUGGUAAGAGCUGCCACAGGUGGUUUGUGGCGUUUCCCUGUGAAGUUUGUGGCAGCAGAACCGCCUGUAGAUGACACCAUCACAAUUGAAGCCACCGGACUUAACAAAGAAUCCAGUGUUGGUUUCCGACUUACAAGUCAAUCUAAGCACCCUGUGAUGUACAAUGCAUACUUUGGUGCCGGGAGUGACCCUGAGUUCACUGUCACCCCCCAGACAGGGGAACUCCUGCCCCAGGGAACCAAUGGAACCCUACUGGCCAUCAAAUUCAAACCAUCAUUGUAUGGCAAGAUCUAUAUGGCUAAACUUGUCAUUCAGACUCCAGAUAUGCAGUGGAGCUAUGAUGUCAAAGGAGUUUUGCCUCAUUACUCCCCACCCCGGGGCAAAUCUGCUCAACCCAUCGCUGGCCCUCAUCCUGACCCUCGAAUGAGGGGCGAUAAAAUGAAUUAUAUCCGAGAGAACCUGAGACUAACCACUACAGCCGUAUCCUCCCCGAUCAAGGGGGCUCCCUUACUGACUAGAUCCAUGAAACUCUGAUGUUGGUUUUGAGACUAAAUUGAACUUUUCAACAACAAAAAGAAAACCUUUCUUCUUGUUACAGAGGAGUAAAAAAGAUGGAAGAUCAUUCAAAUUAACCAAAAAUUGCUCCUUUAUUUCUUCGUUGUCUGAAGUAAACUGUAUAUUGAAUGAAUUGGUUGAGGUCAAAGGUCAAAGGAACUGAGAUUUAUCCUUGACUUUUGACCUUCUGUUGCCCAUAAUAUCUUUUUCAGAGACUGAAGUAUUACAUAGGUUACGAUUUUAACUGUUUAUGAUGUUUAUUGAAAAUGUUAUAUGCGCUAUCAAGGUCAUGACAAAUCAAUGUGCUAUUGUAAAAGUAUUUCUAUACAGGGUUUUUCCGUCCAUUGUGUAUUGUUAUCCCAAGUGCAACAAUGCUAAAGAUGUAGUUUUCUAAGUCCAAUUUUCCAGAUGUGUACAAAAGAAUUUAUUUAUUUUUUAUAUGUUUUAUGUAUAAAAUAAUUAUAUUAUUAUAUACCUGAUCUGCAUUUCUGUGAUUUCUGCAAAACUGUUUGUUGUUUUUGUAACGAAUUUGUGAAAGUCGUUUAGGAGGAAGGUUGUACUAUGCACUUAAUUUUAUUGUGUUUUAAUUGUACAUAACAGCAUCCACUAAAAAGAAAACACCUGAAAAAAUCCAAACAAACUCUGAUCAUUCCAUCUGAAAUGAUGAUACCAAAGUGUCAAAAACCAGGAGUUUGCCAAAUACCCUACACGUCUGCUUUUGCUGUGGAAUAAUGACUGUGAUAAUUAAGUCAAUCUGAUUUAUUAUUUUUUUUGUUGAAGACAAAUUUUUCACUGUACUUAUAUUACAUGUAUAUUGAUAUUUAUUGUCAAAUAAACUUCUUUCAGUAAAAUCAUUAA